UCCCAAGCGACAUAGUAGAACUUCCACUUUCCUUCUAACAGCAUUAGCUCCAGCGACUUAGCUCCCUUGACCAUGGGCAAAGGUGGCCAAUUCUUAGUCAUAUAGUGGGCUUUUUAAUAAUCUGCCAUACUUUUCUACUUUCUGUGGUGCAACUUCCCGUCUUUAGAAUUGUCUGCAACACUGACAGAUUGUGUCAAAAUAACCAAAUAUAGCCCUCAAGACUGACACGCAAUGUAGAGGAGAAACUUAAUUUAAAAGAAUGGGGCUGAAGAACAGUAGCACAAGUUCUGUUUUCGGCUAGCCGCAACCUCCGCUUUUCUUAGACAUUUAGUCCCUUGGUAAUUGAGUGGCAAGUGGGUCUCUAGGGCCUGGCUGCCUGAAUACAGCAAUGACAUCCUGAAGGAAUCCAUGUGGUUCUGCAGACAGAAGCAAGUCACCACAUCGAUCAAACCCAGUUGACCAAUGAGGUGAUUGUUUUUUAUCAACAGGAAAUGGGAAAGGUAGCAGGAACGGCCAAUGCGGUCAGAUGAUAUAAAGAAGGCUGGUGCACCAUGAGCUGAGAACUGCUUCGGCAGUCACCUGGACCUAUGGCAAGGAUCACGUUCUCCUGCCUGCCAGCCUCCUGGUACUGCAGUGUGUCCCUUCUCUCCCUGGGAUGUGCUCCCCGACAGAGGCUGCUCCUGCUCCUGCUCCUCCUCACCUGCACCGUGCUGUUCCUCCUGUCCUCGUACCACCACCCGCUCUGGGGGCCCCGCCACCCAAUCAGGGCCUCAGUCAACAAGUACCUCUCCCUGGCUGAGUCCAUGGAGGCCACAAACCUGCAGGACCCAGCGCUGAAUUAUGGGGUGGUGGUGGACUGUGGCAGCAGCGGCUCCAGGGUCUUUGUGUACUACUGGCCCCCCCAUAAUGGGAACCCCCACACCCUGCUGGACAUCAGGCAGAUGAAGGACCGUGAGAGGAAGCCUGUGGUCAAGAAGAUCAAACCUGGUAUCUCCACCCUGGCCCAGACCCCCGAGAAAGCCAACGUCUAUCUCCAGCCGCUGCUCAACUUCGCCGCAGCCCAUGUACCCAGGGUCAAGCACAAGGAGACCCCGCUCUACAUCCUCUGCACUGCUGGCAUGAGGCUGCUGCCGGACAGCCAGCAGGCAGCUAUCCUGGAGGACCUGGUCACAGACGUGCCCAUGGAGUUUGAUUUCCUCUUCUCUCACUCCCACGCUGAGGUCAUCUCCGGGAAGCAGGAAGGUGUGUAUGCAUGGAUUGGCAUUAACUUCGUUCUGGGCCGGUUUGAUCACGCGGAGGAGGAGGAUGCCACUGUGGAGGUCACAACGGGGUCAACGCACCAGCAGCCAAUCAGCCGGCGUCGUACUGUGGGCAUCAUGGACAUGGGCGGGGCUUCUCUUCAGAUAGCCUAUGAGGUUCCCAGUGCAGUCACCUUCAGCUCCCCACAAGAGGAGGAGGCGGGGAAGAGUCUGCUGGCGGAGUUCAAUCUGGGCUGUGAUGUGGACAAGACCCAGCACGUGUAUCGCGUCUAUGUCACCACCUUCCUGGGCUUCGGAGGCAACAUGGCCCGCCAGAGGUACGAGGACCUGGUGGUGAACAGCACGCUGGCCAGCAACAGGCUGCUGGGGUCCCAGACCGGCCUGAGCCAGGACAACCCCUCCCUGGACCCCUGCCUGCCACUGGGCCUGUCGGACACGGUGGCCCGAGACGGCCGCACCCUGCACCUGCGGGGCCAGGGGGACUGGAGCCGCUGUCAGAGCGCCGUCCACCCCUUCCUGGGCCUCCACAACGGGACCAUGUCCCCCAGGGGAAUCUACCAGGCUCCCAUUGACUUCAGCAACAGCGAGUUCUACGGUUUCUCAGAGUUCUACUACUGCAUGGAGGACGUGUUGAGGAUAGGAGGAAUGUACGACAGCCUCAAGUACGCCCGGGCCGCCACGGAUUACUGCGGAACACAGUGGUCGACCCUGAAACAACGGCUGGAGAGCAAGCUUUUCUCCCAGCAGGCCGACGUUACCAGACUCAAGUACCAGUGCUUCAAGUCGGCCUGGAUGUACGAGGUGCUGCAUUCGGGCUUCCGCUUCCCCAAGGACUACCCCAGCCUGAAAACCGCCCAGCUGGUCUACGACAAGGAGGUCCAGUGGACCCUGGGAGCCAUCCUCUUCAAGACGCGCUUCCUUCCACUCAGGGACCUGCAGCAGGAGGUGUUCCGGCAGAGCCACCCCAGCUGGCUGCGCUCCUCCUUCCUCUACAACCACCACCUGUUCUCCGUCUGCGUGCUGGUGGUGCUGCUGGCCAUCCUGCUGUACAUCCUGCGCCUGCGGAGGAUCCACCAGAGAGAGCAGAGGCAGUCCGAGGUCCUGGACCUGCUCUGGGUGGAGGAGGGGGAGGCCCUGCUGGCCUGAGGGGGAGAGAGAGAGAGGGGAGAUAGACAGAGACCCUGUUGGACUGGUGGGAGAGAGACCCUGGGUGAAAGAGGAGAGAGAGAGGUUCUGGCUAGCACAAAACACUAGCCAGAAUGUCUUCUCAUCGCAGCUUUGAAGACCUCACUGAGCCAAAUUCAAAUAUUGGAGGUUCAUUCCAUUUACAUGUAGUAUUGUCCUUUUUGUGCUGUUUUUAUUUUUUUUGUAAUGUCUAUUGCUAACGUGCUCAACCAACUUGGAUGAGAACAGGAAAUCCUGUUUAAUUUACUGUUUUAAUUAAGUAUUUAUAUGCAGAAGAGUUUACCUCAAACUGUUCACAUCAAUAUACCAAAGGGGGCUGUGGAUCAGUUCUUGCUAACACAUUUCAAAGAGACCUCUGAGAUCUUGUAAACAUAGGAAAAAGUAAAAGAAAGUUCAGGCCAGAUCUGUUUGGAUUUUAUAUUCCCACUCGGUUGGUUUUCCAAGCGGGGAAUAUGUUCAGACAUAUUCUAGCCCCGUUGGCGUUAGUCCAAUAGCGUUUAUCCUGUGGUGUCCCUUUAAGGCUCUAUACUGUUAUAUAAAUAGACUGAUCGUGUUGGUUUGCUAAUGAAGGACAAAUGGUGACUUGCAAGGACCAGCCCCCCCCCCCCCCCCCUCCCCUCCCCUAUGGCAACAUUUAAACUGUAUUUCCUCAUUUCCAAAUUGCUUGAUUUCACAAUGUGUGAAAGAUCAUGAAAUUUCAUUGAGCCAUUCCAUAAUUGUCAGCUUGCUACUCGAUGCUGCUACACCUCUAAUCAAACCAGAGACCCAGGGAGGGUGUCUGGUGUAGGCCAAGGGUUAAUCGCCAACACAGGAAACCCUCCAUUAAGUCCCUGUUUGUGGAUGACCAAUAAGCAGGAGUGCAUGGCACCAAAUUAAGUUAUUCUGCUUAGUAUUUGGAAAUUAGCCAAAAUGUCCACCAUGUUAAUGAGAACCAUUUGUGUACUGUAAAGACAUACAUUCCGUGACUGAUUGGAGAGCUGUGUCAAAAACUCAAGAAUUGUAAGACUGUUGUA